CAAAAAACCUCAUUACACGUUGUAAGGUUAGAGAUUAAACCGGUAAUCAUUUUAUCCCAUUUUACAGUAGCAUAUUAUUUCCACUUAGUACAAUUACUAAAAAAACAAUUAUUUCUUUCUAAACACAUCUUUCAACACUAAUUUAUUCUAAAGGGAUAAUGGCUCUCUCAGUAGACGAAAAAUACAAUCUAAUAUCAAGAAAUCUACAAGAAGUUCUUGGGGAAGAUAAAAUUAAGUCAAUAUUAAAAGAACGCGAUUUAAAAGUUUAUUGGGGCACUGCAACCACUGGAAAACCUCAUGUUGCUUAUUUUGUCCCAAUGUCUAAAAUUGCAGAUUUUUUAAGAAGUGGAACUGAAGUCACUAUCCUUUUUGCUGACCUCCAUGCUUAUUUAGAUAACAUGAAAGCUCCUUGGGAACUGUUAGAACUUAGGGUACAAUAUUAUGAACACUCAAUUAAAGCUAUGCUAAAAUCUAUUGGUGUACCUUUAGAUAAGUUAAAAUUUGUAAAAGGAACUAAUUAUCAAUUAUCUAAAGAAUAUACUUUAGAUGUUUACAGAUUAAGUUCAGUUAUUACUGAACAUGAUGCUAAAAAGGCUGGUGCUGAAGUUGUUAAGCAAGUUGAACAUCCAUUAUUGAGUGGUCUUUUAUAUCCAGGUUUGCAGGCUUUGGAUGAAGAAUAUCUUAAAGUUGAUGCACAAUUUGGGGGAAUUGACCAAAGAAAAAUUUUUACAUUCGCUGAAAAAUAUUUACCUCAAUUGGGAUAUCAAAAAAGAGCUCAUUUAAUGAAUCCAAUGGUUCCUGGAUUAACUGGAGCAAAAAUGUCAUCAUCAGAAGAUGAAAGUAAAAUAGACCUUUUAGAUACACCUGCUGCAGUUAAAAAGAAGCUUAAAAAAGCUUUUUGUGAACCUGGAAAUAUUGAAAACAACGGCAUUUUAUCUUUUACAAAACAUGUAAUUUUCCCCUUGUUUGGAUCCAGUGAAAAAUUCCUUAUUAAAAGAGAUGAAGCGAAUGGUGGUGAUAUCCAACAUGAAAAUUAUGAAUCUCUUGAGAAAGCAUUUGCUGAAGGAAACAUUCAUCCUGGUGAUUUAAAAGCUGCAGUUGAAACUUACAUAAAUAGAUUAUUGGAACCAAUUAGAAAAGAAUUUGAGAAACCUGAAUUAAAAAAAUUAAUUGAAAAAGCUUAUCCAGUUCCUGGGAAACAAAAAGUUGUUGCAAAUUCAUCAGAUGAUAUUAUUCCAUCUCGGCUUGAUAUUCGUGUUGGUAAAAUAGUUGAAGUUUCAAGACAUCCAGAUGCUGAUGCUUUGUAUAUAGAGAAAAUUGAUUUAGGAGAGGAGCAUCCUAGAACCAUUGUAAGUGGGUUGGUUAAUUUUGUACCAAUUGAAAAAAUGGAAAAUAGAAUGGUUGUGGUUCUUUGUAAUUUAAAACCAGCAAAAAUGAGGGGUGUGGAAUCAAAAGGAAUGGUUUUGUGUGCUUCAAGGGAUGAACCCAAAGAAGUAGAACCUUUAAUUCCACCAGAAAAUGCAAUUGUGGGAGAACGUAUUUUUGUUGAAAAUUACGAAGAUGGAACUCCUGAUGAUGUUCUUAACCCUAAAAAGAAAAUUUGGGAGAAACUGCAAGUUGAUUUGAAGACUAAUUCGGAUUGUGUAGCGCAUUGGCAAGGUAAUAAAUUGAUUAUUAAAUCUGGAGAUUUGAUAAAGAGUGAAACUAUGGCUGGAGCGCCUAUUAAAUAAAAAAAUUUCAUUAAUUUUAAUGCUUACACGCUUCAAGAUCAACAAUACAACAUAAAAACACAACAAUAUGAAAUAAUUUAUUUAAUUUCAUUUUUUGAUAUGUAUCUAAACAUUUAAUAAAAGUUAUAAAAAAUUUAA